CUGCCUCAUAAGGACGUGUGCCAGCCUCCGAGCUCGGUGAAGGCUUCUGUGCGAGGACGGGUCGUGUGGGCUUUCCCUCCAUCGUUGGAUACCGUGUGCCAAGGACCAUGGUCUGUUGAGAAGGAGAAGGAACUCAAAAGGGGGCACGAGUGACCGCACAAGUCAGGGGGGUCGAAGAAGCAGGCCGAGCCGACAGGAAGAGAGGAGCACCUUUUCACACAGCAACGGGGCAGCUGUGGUUGGGCAACGAUGGAAAACGCCCACGCCAAAACAGGGGAGGAGUGCUUGGCUUACUUUGGAGUGAAUGAGCAUUCAGGCCUCUCUCCCGAGCAGGUGAAGAAGCACCUGGAGAAAUACGGAUACAAUGAACUCCCAGCUGAAGAAGGCAAAACCAUUUGGGAGCUGGUGGCGGAACAAUUUGAAGACUUGCUUGUCAGAAUCCUACUACUCGCUGCUUGCAUCUCCUUUGUGCUGGCCUGGUUUGAGGAAGGCGAGGAGACUGUCACAGCUUUCGUGGAACCAUUUGUCAUCUUGCUGAUCCUGAUCGCCAACGCCAUUGUUGGAGUAUGGCAGGAGAGGAAUGCUGAGAACGCCAUUGAGGCUCUAAAGGAGUAUGAGCCUGAGAUGGGCAAGGUGUAUCGGUCUGACAGGAAGUCUGUGCAGAGAAUAAAGGCCAGGGAGUUGGUUCCUGGUGACAUCGCAGAGGUGGCAGUCGGUGACAAAGUCCCAGCUGAUAUUCGCAUCAUUUCCAUCAAAUCCACCACUCUGCGUGUGGACCAGUCCAUUCUGACAGGCGAGUCUGUUUCCGUGAUCAAACACACUGACCCCGUCCCAGAUCCCCGUGCUGUGAACCAGGACAAGAAGAACAUGCUGUUCUCUGGUACCAACAUCGGUGCAGGCAAGGCUGUUGGCAUCGUCAUCGCCACAGGUGUGAGCACCGAGAUUGGCAAGAUCCGCGAUGAGAUGGCGGCCACCGAACAAGAGAAGACUCCCCUGCAGCAGAAGCUGGACGAGUUUGGCGAGCAGCUGUCCAAGGUCAUCUCCCUCAUCUGCGUGGCUGUCUGGCUCAUCAACAUCGGGCACUUCAACGACCCCGUCCAUGGCGGCUCCUGGAUCCGCGGCGCCAUCUACUACUUCAAAAUCGCUGUGGCCCUCGCUGUGGCUGCCAUCCCAGAAGGCCUUCCUGCCGUCAUCACCACCUGCUUAGCCCUGGGCACUCGCCGUAUGGCCAAGAAGAAUGCCAUCGUCAGAAGCCUGCCCUCCGUGGAGACCUUGGGCUGCACAUCGGUCAUCUGCUCUGAUAAGACUGGCACCCUCACCACCAACCAAAUGUCUGUUUGCAAGAUGUUUGUCAUUGACAAAGUAGAUGGAGAUAUGUGCUCUCUGAACGAAUUCUCUAUUACUGGUUCCACCUAUGCCCCUGAAGGAGAAGUUAUGAAGAAUGAUAAGCAAGUCAAGGCUGGGCAGUAUGAUGGGCUUGUUGAACUGGCUACUAUCUGUGCCCUUUGCAAUGACUCCUCUCUGGAUUUCAAUGAGUCCAAAGGUAUAUAUGAGAAGGUGGGUGAAGCCACCGAAACUGCCCUUACCUGCUUGGUUGAGAAGAUGAACGUCUUCAACACAGAUGUGCGCAGCCUCUCCAAAGUGGAGCGUGCCAACGCUUGCAACGCUGUGAUCAAACAACUCAUGAAGAAAGAAUUCACCCUGGAGUUUUCCCGCGACAGAAAGUCCAUGUCAGUUUACUGCUCCCCAGCAAAAGCUUCCCGGGCGGCUGUUGGAAACAAGAUGUUUGUCAAGGGUGCCCCUGAGGGUGUGAUAGACCGUUGCAACUAUGUCCGUGUGGGCACCACCCGCGUUCCCCUCACCCCCGUCGUCAAGGAGCACAUCAUGGGAGUCAUCAAGGAGUAUGGCACAGGAAGGGACACCCUCCGCUGCUUGGCCCUGGCCACCCGUGACACCCCCCCAAAGAGGGAAGACAUGGUCCUUGAGGACUCCACCAAAUUCGUUGACUAUGAGAUGGACCUGACCUUUGUGGGCUGCGUAGGCAUGUUGGACCCACCCCGCAAGGAGGUGAUGGGCUCCAUCCAGCUGUGCCGUGAAGCCGGCAUCCGCGUCAUCAUGAUCACAGGCGACAACAAAGGCACAGCCAUUGCCAUCUGCCGCCGCAUUGGUAUCUUCAAAGAGGAUGAGAACGUGUCUGGCAGGGCCUACACCGGCCGUGAGUUUGACGACUUGCCCUUAAGCGAGCAGCGGGAAGCCUGCAAGAGAGCCUGCUGUUUCGCUCGUGUUGAGCCGACGCACAAGUCCAAGAUUGUGGAGUUCUUGCAGGGUUUUGAUGAAAUCACAGCCAUGACCGGUGACGGUGUAAAUGAUGCCCCAGCUCUGAAGAAGGCUGAGAUUGGUAUUGCCAUGGGCUCUGGCACCGCUGUAGCCAAGACCGCCUCAGAAAUGGUGCUGGCAGACGACAACUUCUCCACCAUUGUGUCCGCCGUUGAGGAGGGCCGGGCCAUUUACAACAACAUGAAACAAUUUAUCCGCUACCUCAUCUCCUCCAACGUGGGUGAGGUCGUCUGUAUCUUCCUCACCGCUGCUCUGGGUCUCCCUGAAGCCUUGAUCCCCGUGCAGCUGCUGUGGGUGAACUUGGUGACUGACGGGCUCCCAGCCACCGCCUUGGGCUUUAACCCUCCCGAUCUGGACAUCAUGAACAGGCCCCCUCGCAGCCCCAAGGAGCCCCUGAUCAGUGGCUGGCUCUUCUUCCGCUACUUGGCCAUUGGAGGAUAUGUCGGAGCUGCCACUGUUGGUGCCGCCGCUUGGUGGUUCCUGUAUGCUGAAGACGGACCUGGCGUGUCCUACUACCAGUUGUCUCAUUUCAUGCAGUGCACAGAACACAACCCUGACUUUGAAGGUUUGGAAUGUGAGAUCUUUGAGUCCUCUGUCCCAAUGACCAUGGCUUUGUCCGUCCUGGUCACCAUUGAGAUGUGCAAUGCACUCAACAGCCUGUCAGAGAACCAGUCCUUGGUUCGGAUGCCCCCCUGGGUGAACAUCUGGCUUCUGGGAUCCAUCUGCCUCUCCAUGUCUCUGCACUUUGUCAUCCUCUACGUUGACCCUCUGCCAAUGAUCUUCAAACUCACCCACUUGGAUAUCCACCAUUGGAUGGUGGUGCUGAAGAUAUCCUUGCCUGUCAUCUUACUGGAUGAGCUGCUCAAAUUCAUUGCCCGGAACUACCUGGAGCCAUAGACUCCUUCCCCCUCUAUUCUCCUGUAUCCUGCCUCCCAGAUAAUUUAGACGAAAGGAUGAAGAAGUGAACCGCCGAGUCACCGCGGAAAUAACCUCUUCAACAAAAUCGUGAAGAUAUACCCACUCCCCUCACUCCUCAGCCAUGUCUGCUGCUCCCACCCCUGCUUCUUCUCUGCCCGCCCCUUAUUUAAUACCCAACUUCUUCCCCACAAACCCUCCGUACCUCCUUUUCAUUGGGGACUUACCAGUGUGGGCCACAGAACUGGCACCUGCCAUGCCGUGUUCCCUGCCAGCUUCCCCACCCCCAAAAA